AUGGGUCUGGCGCUCCGGCACGUCGCCGGCAACAUGCAGCCGCUCAUGGAAGCCAACCGCUCCGCCGUCGCCAUCGCCGACGCCGCUCGGGAGCCCGCGACCAACGACGAACCAUCACCAGCUUCGAUCUCCCAAGUGAGGACCAAGAUGUUCAUGGCCUUCGCCAUGCAGCCGCUGCUGGCGCAGGUGUCGUACGCCGGCGCCGACGGCCACGCGUUCGCCUUCUACCGCACGGAGCGCGGCGAGGCGAGAGCGCUGUUCACGGACUCGCAGAAGAGGUGGUGCACCCAGCCGGUGGACCCGGCGACCGGCCGCCUGGUCGGGAGCGCCGCCGCCGCCGCCACAGAUGGGUUUUUCCUGCCGAACACUACGACGACGCAGGCGGCCCCUCUCGUCGCGAGCAAGAACAACGCCUCGCCGCCAGCGGCGUCGCUCUGGGAAGGGUGGGCCCGCCCGGGCGUCCGGAUGCUCUUCUUCUCCGCGCCCGUCGGCGGCGGCGUGGUCUCGGCAGCAGUCUCCGUCCACGACGUCUUCGAGGCCGCCGCCUCACGCAUCGGCGUCCAGGACGGCCUGGACGUGUACUACGCGGUCGGCGACGACAAGGACGACUUCGCGUCAUCAGCGACCGCCAACUACGAACCUCUGCUGCUUGGCUACCAGCACCGCACCGCCGACGACACGGCGGAGGACACGCUCACGUUCUCCGAGCUGAAGUGCGCCGCCUCCACCAUUGACGACACCGCGCCCGAGCUCGGCCAGCUCGUCUCCGGGGGCCCCAAGCACAACCGGUACAAAGCCGCGUGCGCCAUGCUCGACGUCUCCGGAGUACAAGUGGCUCUCCGGCUGGUACUCCGGCCCCCGGUCCAGGGCCACAUGAUCCAGGCGCUGUGCAUCGCCGUGAUCGUCUUCGCGUGCGCCCUGCUGGUGGUAGGCGUGGUGUCCUGCGCCUUCGCGGUGCGUGCGCUGCGGCGGGCGGCGGCGCGGGAGAUGGCGCUGAACGCCGACCUGGUCCGGCAGAAGGAGGCGCUGCGGCAGGCGGAGCGCAAGAGCAUGAACAAGAGCAAUGCCUUCGCUAGCGCCAGCCACGACAUCCGGUCCGCGCUGGCCGCCAUCGCCGGCCUCGUGGACAUGUCCCGUCCGGAGGCGCAGGCGCUCCCCGCCCCAGGCAUCGUGGAAAACCUCGACCAGAUGGGCAUCUGCACCAACAAGCUGUUCGAUAUACUGAACUCGAUCCUAGACACAAGCAAGGUGGAGUCGGGGAAGAUGCAGCUGGAGGAAGCCGAGUUCAGCAUGGCCGACGUCCUGCAGGAGUCGGUGGACAUGGCCAACGUGACGGGCGUCCGGAGAGGAGUGGAGGUGAUCUGGGACCCCUGCGACUUCUCGGUCCUGCGAUGCGCGGCCGUCCUCGGGGACAGCAAGCGCCUCAAGCAGAUCCUGGACAACCUGCUCGGCAACGCGCUCAAGUUCACCGACGAAGGCCACGUCGUCCUCCGGGGCUGGGCGACCCGGCCGAUCGCCGGGAGCGGCGUCAGCGCUCCGUCAAGGUUUGCGCGCGGCAGCGGCGGUUCAUUGGCACGUUUGUUCAGAGGAAGGGAGGAUCCUGAUGGCCAGGAUCAUGUGCAGAAUGACCCCAAUCUGGUAGAGUUUUACUUUGAAGUGGUUGACACCGGCAUUGGGAUCCCCAAGGAGAAGAGGCUGUCUGUGUUUGAGAACUAUGUUCAGGUGAACAAUGGCCAAGGCGGCACAGGCUUGGGGCUCGGAAUCGUGCAGUCCUUUGUACGCUUGAUGGGAGGAGAGAUUAGCAUCAAGGACAAAGAGCCCGGGGAAAGGGGAACAUGCUUCGCGUUCAACGUGCUGCUGAAGAUGAGCGAGGUGCAACAGCCUCAAGACAUAGAAGAAGGACCAUCAGUUCCAUCAGCAGGCACACUGAACGGCUCCAAUUUCAGAGCCUCAGCGUUUCAAGAAGCCAGCAGCUUCAAGGGCGUGCACUGUGUUCUCUACGUUCAUGGGUCUGAAACCAGGAGGAUCCUGCAGACAUGGAUGGAGAGCAUUGUAGUCAAAGUCUGGCUGGUCCGGCAAGCCGAGUUCAUCAGCUCCACGCUGGAGAAGGUGCAGAGCAAUAGCAUGGCCACCGCUGCCGCUGACUGCGGCGGCGGCGACCGGUGCUUCAGCUCCAAGGAGAUGGUGAACCAGUUGAGGAACAGCACUGGUCCCAGGAGAGCCAGCCUUGGGGGGAUUCCUUCUGGUAUCCUUGUUGUCAUCGACGUGUCCGGUGGUGGAUUGGAAGAAAUUUGCCAGGAGAUGGCCAAACUUGCCAGGAACAAGCAACAGGCUCCAUGCAAAGUUGUUCUGCUGGAGGAUAUCAAGACCCCUUCCAGUGAUCUGAGGUGGCUCAAGGAGCAGGGCUGCGAUCUCGUCCUGCGAAAGCCGGUGCAUGGGUCUCGCCUGUUCACUCUCCUUAUGACCCUGAGAGACCUCCAGGCUUCAGAUGCACAAGCACAGUCUUCUCAAGUUGGUCCUGAGAUUGCUGGGAACAACAGCCAGCAGCAAGGUUUGCCAGAUGUUGUUGUUCCUUGUGUGCAGGAAGCUGCUGCAUCAACUGAAGUUUCAUGCUUGGUUCAGGAACAGAAGCCUGAAGAUGAUAAGCCUCUUGCUGGGAUGCAGAUCUUGCUAGCUGAAGACACUGUAGUGCUGCAAACAAUCCAAAGGAAAAUCCUGAACCAGCUUGGAGCAACUGUCACAGUAGCUGAAGAUGGAGCCGUGGCUGUGAACUUGCUCAAAGAAGCUCUUGAGCAGGCCAAUGUGUCAGAAGAGGAUAUAGUGCCCUUGCCCUACCAUGUUGUCUUCAUGGAUUGCCAGAUGCCCAAUAUGGAUGGCUAUGAAGCGACCAAACUCAUCCGCGAGGAAGAACAAAGCUACGGAGUUCACACUCCGAUCAUCGCAUUGACCGCGGCUGACACGGAGGAGGAUCUGCAAAAGGCCAUCGAUGCCGGGAUGGAUCUGCACCUGACAAAGCCAAUAUUACGGCAAAAGAUAGUGGAAGCUGUUCGCAGUGUUUGCAAACGUGAGAAUUGA